AUGAGCGAGGACAAAAGCGCACUGGAAGGACUCGUGUUGGCCUGUGCGCCAGUCUACAAUCCUGAGAAGCCGAGCUUUGCAUGGCUUGCGGUUAUCCUCUUGUUUUAUGUUAAUGAUAUGAUCAUCACGGGAGAUGAUGCAUCUGAUAUUUCUGAUCUACAAUCAUAUCUUAGUCAGAAAUUUGAGAUGAAGAGACUGGGUCCCCUUCAUUACUUUUUGGGACUUGAAGUCUUUGAUUCUCCUGAUGGUUUCUUUCUGUCUCGGACUAAGUAUGCCUCAGAUCUUAUUGCUGGAGCUGGUCUCACAGACUGUCAGGUAGCCUACACACCACUUGCCUAUGACGUUCGACUUACCCCUCAUGAUGGCUCUCUUCUUGAUGAUCCUACCUUCUAUCAUCAACUUGUUGGGAGCUUGAUCUAUUUGACUAUCACUGGACCAGAUAUCGCUCAUUCAGUCCAUAUUGUGAGUCAGUUCAUGGCUAUUCCGAUGACCUCUCACCACUCUGUCAUCUUACAUAUUCUUCGUUAUACGAAAGGUACUCUCCUCCAUGGUUUACACUUUUUCUCUCACUCGUCUUUGACUCUCAGCGGUUACUCUGAAGCUGAUUGGGCAGGUGAUCCUACUGAUCGUCGUUCGACCACUGGUUUCUGUUUCUUUCUGAGUGAUUCUCUCAUCUCUUAG